AUCAGCCAAGAUGCCGCGGUGCUAUAUGGUAAAGAAGGCCUUGUGCAACAAGUACAUAAGCAGCGUUGCCAGAGGAUUCGAGAGCUGGGGCCGCGGAAGGAGCACGCCAUCGCCAACCACCAUACCCAUCUCGCCCGUACAGAAGUGCAUUGCACCCCCUGUUGCACAAGAAUGUUCCAACACGCAAUCGAAAGACACAACGGCCGUUAUGACUUCCGCCGUGGCCGAUGUAGACCCCUCGAAGGAACAACCGAGCAACGCAGACACAACUGUCGCAGCAGCGGUACCAUCAUCCGUCAUCAUGAUGAAUCCCGCGAUGGACCACUCGAUGACGAUGCGAAUGGAAACCGUCGUGAUCGCGUGCACCACAACGGCGUCUCUGACGACUCUAUCGCCAACAGAAACAAUCGUCUCAACCGUCAAGGAAACUACAAUGACGACGGUGACGUCGUUACCUUCGUCGAGCGUGCGAACGACUCCCGAGAGACGCGACGAGGCUACGACGUCUAUCACGACGCUACACCAUUCACCAUCCACCGAAAAACCAUCUCCGCCGUCCACCACGUCAACGUCCUAUCAUCUACAAGAUACUCCGGAACACUCGAGAACGCACGAUAGGAUACAAUCGGUUAUCACAUCCUGUGACAUGUCCAUGCCCGGUCAAGUGUCAUCCAUGUUUAAAGAUCGCUCCGCGGCGGAAACGGAGGCGGCGCACGAUCUCCUAGAACUCUCUCGAUCUCUACCUCCCUUGCCACCACCGAGUGUGGCGAUCGGUCCUCAAAGCGUGAUCGAGGCGCCGGCGAGCGACGUUCAAGAGAUGACGGUUUACCAAUCGGCUGAGCAACCAAUCUAUCAGGUGAACACGAUCGAGCUGACCAGCUCGAACAUCUACAGUCAUCAUCAGCAACAGCCACAGUCCACAGCCACCGGUAUCAUUUAUGAGUCCGCCAUUGUGCCACCCUCGGGUAGUGUUUUCAUACCUUUGGCACCUGUACAAGAGAUCCUGCUGACAUAUAGCACAUCCACUAUACCGUGCACACCAAUUAUCGCUCAACAGCCGCAGCUUCAGCUGCCGCAACAGCAGCGGCAGCAGCAGCAACAGCAGCAACAGCAGCAACAGCAGCAGCAGCAGCAGCAGCAGCAGCAGCAACAGCAGCAGCAGCAGCAGCAGCAGCAGCAGCAAGAACAGCAGCAGCCGCAGCAGGAACAGCAGCAACAGCAGCAGCAGUCAUUGCUACAGCAGCAACAGAUUGAAGCGACGCCGCCAUUAACGCCGCCAACUUCCGAAUGCAGCAGCGACAUUGAGAACAGUAAUCCGAACUCACAACCGACGCAGAAGGACAAGGAGGUGCAGACUAACACGGAGCCCAAUGAAAUAAAACCAGCGACUUACACGUACGACACGUUGCUCGUUUCGGACGGCAGAUCGAAGCAUAAGAAAGCAUCCGCCGCACAGAAGAGUCAGGACGCCGAACCGAUCGAGGCCCCCGAGACCUCCAAAACCGGUCGUUACGUGUGUUGCGAAUGCGGCAAACAGUACGCGACCUCGUCGAAUCUGUCCCGGCACAAGCAGACGCAUCGCAGCAUCGACUCUCAUUCGGCCAAAAAGUGCAUCCACUGCGGCAAGGCGUACGUCAGCAUGCCCGCCCUGGCGAUGCACGUUCUCACGCAUAAGCUGACGCACAGUUGCGGCGUCUGCGGCAAGAUGUUCUCGCGACCUUGGCUACUGCAGGGUCACCUGCGCAGCCACACCGGCGAGAAACCUUACGGAUGCGCUCACUGCGGUAAAGCGUUCGCCGAUCGCUCGAAUCUAAGGGCGCACAUGCAGACGCACUCGGCGGAUAAGAAUUACGAAUGCUCCAAGUGCCACAAGUCGUUCGCCCUUAAGUCGUACUUGAACAAACACCUGGAGUCGGCGUGCCAGCGCGAGAGCGACGACCCCGACACGCCGCCAUAAGCAGCCCAGGACCGGGAUGCCGAUGUAGUGGCGCCGCGGUUAGCGGCAACGAUCAAGUAGCCGGUCGUGCACAGUCGACUGUAAACAGAAGAUUGCAGUGGCCGUCAUCACGUAGACUGGUAGAACAAAAAAAAAAACAAAAAUAGUUCGCUGCGUAGGCAGUACUUUUUUGUCAUGGACCAAGAGGGGAAAAAAAGAGGAUGGAAGACAAACAUGGUGGACGCACGGGACUCUCAUCGCCAUGCGGAUGCGAUUAGUUUCGAUUAUUUUACACGAAUUCAAGUCGGUCGGGGUUUAUCGUCGCGCUCAAUUGCGGUAGCAAGCAAGUCCUCGCGUUCCCUUUGUCUCCGCUACGAUGCCUGUAAAGCUAAAAAAAAAAAAAAAAAAUCGUGCAAACUUCAAAGUCGGGUUUAACGUCAAUUUUCGGAUAUUCCGUGGACACAAGAUAACUUAACGAAGUAACU